AUGGGAAACAAUUAUCAUAUAUAUGGUUGUCAACUUGUCAAGAUAUACUUGUGGAAAUUAACUAGCUCCAAAAAUGGCCUAUCUUCGCCACCCGGCUUUUGUCCUGCCACUACUACUGCUCUUUGCCUUCUCACUUAUGAGCUCCAAAAACAAUGGUUGCAGGGGCUCGCUUUCUUCUCGAGACUUCCUUGCCUCAAGUGCCCGAGCUUCCAAAGCCUGAGCUGCCACAAUUGCCUAAGCCUGAGCUUCCACAGUUGCCCAAAGCCUGAGCUGCCACAAGUGCCUAAGCCUGAGCUGCCACAACUUCCUAAGCCUGAGCUUCCACAACUUCCUAAGCCUGAGCUUCCACAGUUGCCGAAGCCCGAGCUGCCACAAGUGCCUAAGCCUGAGCUGCCACAACUUCCUAAGCCUGAGCUUCCACAACUUCCUAAGCCUGAGCUUCCACAGUUGCCAAAGCCCGAGCUGCCACCGCUUCCUAAGCCUGAGCUACCGCAGUUUCCAAAGCCUGAGCUGCCACCAUUGGCUAAACCCGAAAUACCAUCAGCACCUCAUGUCCCAACCUUGCCAAAGGAAGGCCAUAAGUUGGCUGAAAUACCACAUGCCCCAACCUUGCAUGAGUUACCUCAACUUCCAAAGCCUGAAUUGCAACCACUUCCCACUUUCCCAACUUUGCCGAAGCCCGAGCUGCCAGCGGUGCCCAAUGUCCCUACUUUACCAAAGCCUGAAGUGCCAAAGUUGCCUGAAAUUCCACCUCUGCCACAUCUCCCAGCUGAGCUACCUAAGCCCACAUUGCCUUCCAUCCCAACCCUCCCCAAGGCCCACACCCCUCCCUUCACUCAUCCCACCUCACAAAACCACCCUUCCUUGAUUCUCUUAAAUAUUUCGAAUUAA